AUGGCGGAGGAUGCAAAGGUCACAAAGGAUUGUCCACCGCAGGAGUCGUGCUCCGCCGCUGCGCAUCCUCCGGCGCCGCAUUGUUCUUAUCCAAACGCCCAUUCCUUGACCAUAAUCGCGACCAUCGGUUUCCUCUUGUUGGGCAGUGUCAUCCUCAACUUGUUUAUGGCCUUCCGUCCCCAGCACCCGGAUUUCUUUGUCACAGGUGCCACUCUCUCCUUUCUCAACUCUUCCGGCGACCAACCGACGGCAGAUUCCGAUGUCAAAAUCACCGUCUUCAAUGGAAACAAGAAGUUUGGAGUCAAGUAUGAGAAUGUACGGGCCGCCAUCGGCUACGAGGACGAGCCUCUGGCCAGCACCUCGAUCCCUUCUUUCUACCAGGAGAAGCAGAACACUACCACCGUCCCUGUGCAUCUUGCCAUCCACUUUGCCAACGCCUCGAAUUCAUGCGAGCUGAAGUCCGGCGCCAGAAGAGAGGGGAAGGUUUAUUUGAACGUGCAGCUGUGGUCGUCGGUGCAGUUCAACGGCGGUCCUUGGCGGAUCCGGUGGCAGGCUUUGAAGGUUGACUGUCACAAUGUGGUGAUCGAUUGGCCGCCUCCCUCAGGAGGCUAUCCGCUGUUUGGAACAUUGAACUCAGUCCGUCGGUGUGCAACUCAUUGUUACUGA